AUGCAUCAUAGCGGCCUUCUUCUCGCCACGAACCAUGAGCAGCCAGGCAGGUAUAGCGUCCAAGAGCUCCGGGGCGAUGGGAUCAUCUCGAGGGUUUCCCUAAUGCGCGACAAAACUCGCCGCCCUAUCCAUGUCACGAUCGAUGCCUUUACUGUGAACGGCUGGGUCGACAUUCUGACCUUCGAAACGAUGGCCGAGAUCGAGGUGUGCGGCAUCCACCUGGGGGUGUUCCACGGCGUCGCCAGCCAAACGCUGCAGAUCGACCUAGACCUACAACUGGUGUGCGGGAGCUUGAAACUGGAAAUGAACGCUUUUGACGAGAUCUGGGUCCACGUCGAUACUGUGUCGGGAGAGAAGGGGAAAGCUCUGGAGGCUUUGAACUGCAAGCGAUCAGUGCUGGCGCAGCAUCUGCAGGUGCUUCCCUGCGAGCCAUGGGUCCCGGUUAGAUAA